AUGCAUGCAAAUAGACGCUUCUAUCAACGGUACAAUACACCCCAAUAUGGUGCAGUCGCCAGCUAUGAGAUUCAUCCCAAUUUUAAAAAUGGUAUCAACGCCUAUUUUGAUCUUGCGGUUUUGAGCCUCAAGAACGUCGUCGAGUUCAAUCCUUUUAUCAAGCCUAUUUGUCUAUGGUCCGGUUUAACUCAAUUUGAAGACGUUAUUAAUAAGACAGGGUAUGUCGUAGGAUGGGGUGAAGAUGAAUUGAAUCGUCAUGAUAUCGAAGAUCAACGGAUGGGUACCUGUCUCUGGUCUAAUGCUAGAUACUUUAGUUUCGUGUCGGAUAACACCUUUUGCGCUGGCAACUUAGACGGAUUUAGUCCUUGUAACGGUGACAGUGGAAACGGGCUGAUAUUUUUUAAUAAUAUCACGGGCAGUUAUGAGUUGCGUGGUGUUGUUUCGCGUGUACUAGGUGAAACUAUGCAAUGCGAUCCACAAAAAUACGUCGUUUAUGUUGAUGUGGCCAAAUACAUACCCUGGAUUCAACGACAUAUUUCGACGUAA